ACGAACCGAACAAAAUCCCCAAAUUCAACCCUUGUUCAACGAAACAGUGAUCUGCAGCUGCGGGCAACGGCAAUUUCUCUCCAGUUGAUCCACCUCCGAUUCCGACGCCCCCGCCCCAUCCAAUCCAAGAUUCCUCCAAUUACCACCUUGUAGUAGGAUGGGGGUUCCCGCUUUUUAUCGAUGGCUGGCAGAUCGGUACCCUUUGUGUAUUGUGGAUGUCGUGGAAGAAGAGCCCGCCAAGAACGGGACUGGCGGCCCGCUCUCGGUCGAUAUAUCGAGACCGAACCCUAAUGGCAUUGAGUUUGACAAUCUGUAUUUGGAUAUGAAUGGGAUUAUUCACCCCUGUUUUCAUCCAGAAGGCAAGCCUGCACCUGCUACUUAUGAUGAUGUAUUUAAAGCCAUAUUUGAUUACAUUGACCACCUCGUCUCGUUGGUUCGUCCAAGAAAGCUCCUAUAUAUGGCGAUUGAUGGUGUAGCUCCUAGGGCAAAAAUGAACCAGCAAAGGUCUCGUCGGUUUAGGGCUGCUAAGGAUGCAGCAGCAGUUGUAGCCGAAGAAGAAAGAUUGAGGGAAGAGUUUGAAAUUGAAGGGGAAAAACCAUUGCCGAAAGAGAAGACUGAAACAUCCGAUUCAAAUGUAAUCACACCUGGCACACAAUUUAUGGCGGUGCUCUCUGUAGCCCUUCAGUAUUAUGUGCAGUAUAGGUUGAACCACAUUCCUGGAUGGCAUUCUUUCAAGGUUAUUCUUUCCGAUGCAAAUGUUCCUGGUGAGGGCGAGCACAAGAUUAUGUCCUACAUUCGUUUACAGCGCAACCUUCCUGGUUUUGAUCCAAAUACUAGGCAUUGUCUCUAUGGUCUGGAUGCAGACUUGAUUAUGCUUUCACUGGCUACUCAUGAAAUCCACUUUUCAAUUUUAAGGGAGGUAAUCAAUCCUCCAGGGUCUCAAGAAAAAUGUUUUCUCUGUGGUCAAGUUGGACAUUUUGCUGCUGAUUGUCGAGGUGGAUCCACUGGCCACAAUCAAGAUGCAAGUGGAAAGCUUGACAUUCCCAUUUAUAAGAAGAAAUAUCAGUUCCUCAACAUCUGGGUAUUGCGAGAAUAUUUGGGAUAUGAGAUGGAUAUUCCUCAUCCACCAUUCAAAAUUGAUUUUGAAAGGCUGGUGGAUGACUUUGUGUUUCUAUGUUUUUUUGUCGGCAACGACUUCCUUCCUCAUAUGCCAACAUUAGAAAUUAGAGAGGGUGCCAUUAAUUUGCUCAUGCAUGUAUAUAGAAAGGAAUUUGCAUCUAUGGGUGGCUAUCUUACUGAUGCUGGUGAGGUCUUCUUGGACCGAGUCGAACACUUUGUUCAAGCAGUUGCAGUUAAUGAAGAUCAAAUAUUUAGAAAGAGAGCUCGUAUACAGCAGGCAUACGAGAAUAAUGAAGAGAUGAAACUUAAAUCAAGAGGGGAGGCUAUUCCAGAGCCAACCGAGGACAAGGUGAAGUUGGGAGAGCCUGGGUAUAAAGAAAGAUAUUAUUGUGAGAAAUUUGAGAUUUCAGAUCCAGCAAAAAUUAAUGAAGUCAGAACAGAUGUGGUUUUGAAGUAUGUAGAAGGGCUGUGUUGGGUUUGCCGCUAUUACUACCAAGGUGUCUGUUCGUGGCAGUGGUACUAUCCGUAUCAUUAUGCACCAUUUGCCUCAGAUCUUAAAGGAUUAGCUGAUUUUGAGAUAACCUUUUUCCCUGGGGAGCCCUUUAAGCCCUUUGAUCAACUAUUAGGAACUCUGCCAGCUGCUAGCUCUUCUGCACUGCCUGAAAGAUAUAGGAUGUUGAUGAUUAAUCCCGCAUCUCCAAUUUUUGAUUUCUACCCAAAUGAUUUCGAAAUUGAUAUGAAUGGAAAGCGCUUUGCUUGGCAGGGUGUUGCAAAAUUGCCAUUCAUUGAUGAGAAGAAAUUGCUUUCCGAGACAAAGAAGCUUGAGGAGACAUUGACGGAAGAAGAGAAAUUUCGAAAUAGCGUUAUGUUUGAUUUGCUCUAUGUUCAUCCACGCCAUCCAUUGGCGCCAACAAUUAGCCUUUACUACCGUCUUUGUCAGUUGGAGAAAUUUCCAUGGACGAUUGACACUAAUUCCAGUGGUGGAAUGAAUGGAUUCAUAUGGCUGACUAAUAGAAAUGGCUUGAGACAAUUUGUUCCGUCCCCAAUAAAUGGCCUGGAAGACCUCACGAAUAAUCAAGUUCUAAAUAUCACCUAUCUCAAUCCAACACCACAUACUCACAUUCCAAAGCCCCCCGAAGGUGUAACUAUGCCUAAGAAGGUUGUGAAACAUACUGAUGUAAAACCGUCCCCGACGCUCUGGCAUGAAGAUAACGGUGGAAGGCACCAUUUAGGCAAAGAAAGACCACAAAUUUCCGGAGCAUUAUCCGGUCCUGUACUGGGAGAAGCUGCUUACCGUCUGGUUCACAACACACUGAACAUCAAACCAGACCACACGAAUUAUCAUCAGGGAAAUAAUCAAUUCGCGCAUAGACAGAGGCCUGCUGGACCACCCGGCUACCAGAGGGGCAUUUCCGAGGGGACCUCUAGCCAAUAUAAUUCCCCAAACCACAGGCCAAGACCGACCGGGCAAUAUGGGUUUGAACAAGGACCCGGGCGAUACGGAAAUCAGGGAUUUGACCGUGGACCGGGCCAGUAUGGACAUCAAGGACAGAGAUAUCACGACGACCAAAGCUUUGGGAAUGGCCAUUAUGGCCCCCGUCCCGGCACUGGCAGUAGUCCUAGAGCCUAUCCGAAUCAGAACCAAAGUAACCGAAGAACUUACAACUCGCAAGAUCGGUAUGCCUAUCAGGAACAGCAUCACGACGUCAGAAACAGCCUGGCUGGGUUGAACAUCGGUGGUUUCAACAAUUCACCGCCAGCUGCCGUGCCUCCCAGGUUUGCGAGCUCCGGUCAAGCCUUCCAAAUCCUGCAACGGCCGCCGCCUGUGCAAGCAUCCGGCCCCCUUCCACCACCGCCAAGUAAGUGGAUCGGCAGACCCGCAGCCAGGAAUACCGUAGCGACGCAGAGUAAUAAGCAGCAACAAAGCUCGGUGACAACUUCUGGGCACGAACAGCAACAGCAGAUGAGAAUGAUCUACCAAGUCAAAACUAAGACGUCUCAGAAUCUCGACAACACAAAAAUGUGAAGGCACCGCAAUGAUGAUGAUGAUGGUCCUCUACCCGGAUCAGGGACGAGACAGCACAGAAUCUGGAGGAUAUCGAAACUGUAAGUGUGUGUAUGUCCACUUCAUCGAAUCGGUGGAAGUAGAUGUGUAAUGUGAGUUUUUUCUAGGGGUAGUAGGCGACGAUACAUGAUGAUUGAGGAUUGCUCGUGUACCAGGUGCAGAGUAGCUUCUUUGUUCUCGGAUUCGAUCAAAGACUUGAGUAUAAGUGAGUUGGUAAUGCUGCCGGCUUUCGAUUCGAUCAAUUUGUUCGAGCUUAUUAGAUUCUAUACAUAUACAUUUGUUUUUGGUAAUUUGUGUUGUUUGUUCUAGGGAUGGUUGAAGAGAACACUUUGUUGUAGUAAUUGAAUUUGAAUCGAAUGGCACUCGAUUCGACCGGGUCUUUCUUAACUAAUCUGUUUGCCAU